CGAGAAGAUAAACAAAAAGGAAGGAAGCCUUCGGCCAUAGAAUCGCGGCAAAAUCGGUUCAAAAAUUUAGCUUACAAGCUACAGUUAGCAACUACAUGUGCCCCUUUAUUGCUUAGAUAAUUACCAUUAGGCGUUCGCAAUCAUGGACGAGGGGAUAAUAUUUCGUAUGAGCGCUUUUUCCGAGCAAGGGGGGAGGAAAUACAUGGAGGAUGUUGUCGAGAUAAGAAUCGAGUACGAGCCGACGCAGUCGCCGUCGCCAGCCGAAGAUUAUCCAAAGUCGCAGGGAUAUGGAGGACAGGGGAAAGCCGAGAGUGGACCUACAAAACAGACUGAAAAUGAGACACACGACCAUAGCGGUGCUGCCGAAUCUGGCCCAGCUUCUGCUAUGUGGGUAGAGAGUCUGGCGAAUGAGGACAGUAGCAACAACAGCGCACCGGCAUCAGAGGAAAAAGUCGCAGAGCAUGCAGUCGACACUCGGAAGUCUGUGGCGUUUUUCGCUGUUUUCGAUGGCCACGGGGGCCGAGAAGCGGCACAUUUCGCAAGAGAGAAUCUGUGGGAUUUGUUGAAAAGGCAGCGGGGGUUUUGGUCCAAGGAUCACAGUGAAGUGUGUGCUGCUCUCAAGAAAGGCUUCAUCGCCUGUCAUCAUGCAAUGUGGAAAGAACUACCGGAGUGGCCAAAGACUAUUACAGGCCUUCCCAGUACAUCAGGCACCACAGCCAGCGUGAUUGUGAUCCGUGGAGUUCACAUGUACGUUGCCCAUGUGGGGGAUUCAGCUGUAGUGGUCGGAGUGCAAGAAAAUGACUCUGAUAUCAGGCUCCAGGCACUCGAAAUAACACAGGACCAUAAACCAGAACUUCCUAAAGAAAAAGAAAGGAUUGAACGACUGGGUGGCAGUGUAAUGAAGAAAUCUGGGGUGAACCGUGUUGUGUGGAAGAGGCCCCGGCUGACCCACAAUGGCCCUGUGAGGAGGAGUACAGUCAUUGAUCAGAUCCCCUUCCUGGCUGUGGCCCGAUCACUCGGUGAUCUGUGGAGCUACGAUUUCUACAGCGGGGAGUUUGUGGUUUCGCCAGAGCCUGAUACCACCGUAAUGACCCUUGACCCCAGACGGCAUCGCUACAUCAUCCUCGGCAGUGAUGGACUAUGGAAUAUGAUGCCACCCAAGAAUGCAGUCAACAUGUGUUAUAGCCAUGACAAAAUGGUGGGACCAAAGGGAAUGUCUUGCGCCCGCCGACUAGGAUGCACAGCCCUACUGUUCUGGAAAGAACGUAUGCUUCGAGCAGACAACACAACAGUUAUUGUCCUGGCGCUACAGGAGCGCGGAGGCCCACCUAUCCCUAUGCAUCGAGAUGAGAUUGUUGUCGACAUGUCUACAGGAAUUGACCAUGUUCCAUUCCCAGGGACUACUUAUAACACAUGUGAGGUCCCAAAGGAGGAGCAUGAGGAUGACAUGUUUUUUGAAGAAGAUGAGAUAUUUGGAGAAGAACAUGAGGGAUGGCCAUGCCUGGAGUGGUAGUGAGUGGAGUGAUGCAGUGAAUGCUUCCCCAUUCAAAGAAAGUUCCAUGGCUCUGGAGCAGGCAUUUGGGCUGUAUGAAGCAGCCUCCUGUGCCGCAGCACAGCUCUUACCGGAUGUUGACUCUGUGAGGGCCACACUGCCCCC